ACUAUAAAUAAACUACCAGGCUCGGUGUUCAGUAUCCCAACACACUCUUAACAAAGCCCAUUGGUUAGAUCACGUCAACACCUUCAGACUGGUAGUACUUUUAAAUGGCUUUACGCUCUCUUCUUUUGGUGGCAAUCCUUCUUUUCUGCAUAGCCCAGGUUUCAUCUGACAUCGAGAUUGAAGAGCAAAGCACCGAGUUGGUGAAAGGAGCUAACAGAAGGCUCUUGCCAUUCGUGGAUUGUGGAGGGUUGUGCAAGGUGAGGUGUAGUUUGCACUCGAGGCCUAAUGUUUGCACAAGGGCAUGUGGCACCUGUUGCUUUAGGUGCAAGUGCGUGCCUCCAGGCACCUCUGGAAAUAGAGAACUGUGUGGGAAAUGUUACACUGACAUGACUACUCAUGGGAACAAGACUAAGUGCCCUUAGAAUGGCAUUGGCACCUAUAUCGUAUAUAGUGUAUACUAUAGGAACUUCUCUUUUGUUAAUGUGCUAUUAUAUAAUAACCAGUUGGGUUUAUGGAUGUUCUGUUGUGCAAUGUUAAUGUAAGGAAGCUUCUCGAUGCAAA